GCGCCGCGUGGAAGGUGGACCGCAAGUGGAACCUAAUCAGACGCAUGUUGUGUUGUGUACAAAAAGAAACGUCAAACUAAAGUCGAGCGAACCAAAACGAAACGGCCGAGAAAUUAGCAAACCCACUGGAAACUAUAAAGGAUUAGGCACAGGACACACAAUUGUUAACCAGAGAGAGAGCGGCGGACCCGUAGCGAACCGCUCCCCCAAGAAGCGGCGGCCCUAAAAAAAUCGCCCACAAGAGAAUCCACCAAAAACCCACUCGCACACACACACUCACUGAACAACACACGCGCAGCCAAGGAGCAAAAGAAGAAUUGCGCCAGAAGAAGCAGCAGCAUCUAGAAUCUAGUAAAGCAACCACCCGGAUCCACAGGUUCUUGUUCCAGCGAUUGGAGCAGUGCCACAGGAACAGCCAAGGAUAUAGCAGAUUACCCGUAGCAUCAGUAACCAGUCAGGACCAUCAUUGCCACGAUGAGCAUGGACAAAGUAGCUAGCAAGCAGUACGAGUCGAAAAUCUGGCCAGAUAUCGUCGACAGCGACGACAGCGAUGUGGAAAACGAGAUAGAUGUAGACAAGCUGCCGCCAUUGGAGGUGGGUCCCGGCGAGAAUCGGCUGCAGCACACAUACUGCCUUUGGUUCUCCCGAAAGGGGACGCAGCGGGCGGCCGCCGACUACAGCAAAUCGCUGCACGUGGUCGGUCGGUGCGCCAGCGUGCAGCAAUGGUGGUCGCUCUACUCGCAUCUUAUUCGACCCACCGCCCUGAAACCCUACCGAGAGCUAAGCCUGUUUAAACAGGGCAUAAAGCCGAUGUGGGAGGACCCGGCAAAUAGCAAAGGAGGCCAGUGGGUGAUACGGUUGCGGAAGAACAAGAUAGAACGCGCCUGGGAGAACGUUUGUAUGGCGAUGCUUGGCGAGCAGUUCCUCGUCGGCGACGAGAUAUGUGGAAUCGUUCUACAGACGAAAUAUCCGGAGGAUAGCUUAUCAGUAUGGAACCGGACUGCCACUGAUAUGACCAGUACAACACGUAUCCGUGAUACGUUACGCAGGAUAUUAAAUAUACCUCUAACAACGGCAAUGGAGUAUAAGAUACACUGUGAUAGCCUUAAAUAUGUUUCAAUUAAUAAAGGCCCAUUGAAAAGCUGAAAUUCAGUGAAUAACUAUAAACAAAAGAAAAACAAAAACAAUAAUUACACAAACAGAUAAUAUAAGUCGCUAGUGAAGAAAUCAACAGUCACACGUUCAUCGAAAGCACAGACAAGAGAGUUACACCAACAAUAAGCACAAGGAACAACAUUGCGGACACAUCAGUAUCAUCAGAGCCCCAGAAAGCAGCCGCCGCAUCGACAACGAGGGCAAGGAGUGGCUCUGCCGCUCCACAGAUCCCGCAAACAUCAAAUCCACACAGAAGGGCAAAUUAAUAUUUAAGCGCUAAUGAGACAAAUCUUUGUAUUUUAAACGAGUUUACAAAGUGUGUGUAUAUAUGAAACGCCAUAAAUAUUUUAGUUUGUAUGUAUAAAGUUUACCUUAGGCAUUCCCAAUUAAAAAAGAAAAUCAAAGUUCCCCCUCAAACUGCCUAAAACUAAAGCCUCCUCCAAUCUGGCUAAACCUAUAUUAGUUGAUUUCGUAUUAAUUUACCGAUCCUUAUCUUAUUCUCCCAUAAAACGAUUGGACCACCAACACUACCAUCUCUCCCGCAAGCGUGCCCUUGUAUUUGUAGCCUUAUCGAUUAUCGCCAUAGCCGGCAGGCAGCCAACCAACACAGAAGAUGAUGAUUUAAUGAAACUGACACACUAACUAGCCGAUACUGUAUUUAUCUGUUUGCAAUGAUUAUUUUAAAUUAAUGAUACAAACCGAAACU